UAGGUUAACUGUUUCGGGAGGCGCAGACUGCCCUGUAUUUAAACUAGCUCGACUACUACUCUCUUUCUCUUCUAAACUAUCAAAAAACCUUUUUUCCUCUUUUUCAAUUAAACUUUUUAAAGGUCAAAAUGAAUAGAAUUGCAUUGGUUUUUCUGUAUUCUUUAUUUUUAUUUAAUUUGGCAAUUGGUAGAGUCGAGAGUCAAACUUGCCAAUGUAUCCAACCGGAUCCAUCAAUGCUCAAUUGUUUGGGAUAUGACAGUAAACUCCAAGCCGACACGAUAGAUGAAGCCAUUGCCUCAUUUCCAGAUUUAUCGCUUAAUGAUGAUGUUGCUAAUCAGAAAUUCAGCACUGCAGAUGUAGGAUGUGUAACCAAGGAAUGUCAGGAUUGCAGAAAAGAUAUGAGAAAGCAGCUGCAAAAGGUCGGCCUUCUCGCAAAAGAUAUCAAUGAUAUUGUUGCUUCUCAAGUUGAUUCAAAUUCAACUUGCACUAAAUAUGGAUUUACCAGGCAGCAGCAAAAAAAAAGUCACGACGAUGACGAUGAUGAUGACGAUUCAGAUAGUGACGAGUCUAAAGAAGAGGAAGAGAAGAAGAAACGCGACAGAAAACAUAGACGAGACAAAAGACAAGCAAUUACUCAAGGAUCCCAAAACAAUACGGACCCGAACUUGAUUGGAACUCGUUUCACAAUAUCAUGUGCAAUGAAAGGUGUAUCAGUGGAUCCAACUGGAACUGUGUCUUUGUGUUCUUCUUGUUGGGUCUGGAGGCAAUUGCCGAGCAAUUACAGGCCUCAGUAUAUUAAUGAACUUGUUUGCGAUAACACUGACAGCGAUUGUUUGAGUGGUUAUGCAACUUGCUCUGUAGGCCAUCGAACUUUCGAAGCAAUCAGAAACGACAAUGGAGUUCAAACCCAGGUGACUCUUACCGCAGGAUCCUAUUGUGAAUGCAGAAUUUCCAAGAGCUCAUCACUACAAUCACUAGUAGAGGGCACUGGAAUCAGUGGAACAUACAAUCCUCUUAGCAAUCAUACGACGCCAGUUUGACUGCCAAAUCGGAUUUAAAAUGUACAUAGGAAGGUCGAUAAUAAAUUUUUUUUUCACUGUACAUUUCACAUGAAAUUCAAAACUGGGAUGAGUGGAAGUGAUUUUGGAACGUAUAGAAAUAAAUAUAAAAAUAAACUGAUUGAAAAAAUA